ACGUGGAAGACAGCAGCUAGCAGCUAGCGACUAGUGAUUGUCGAGAGCAGCUUUGGUCAGCUAUAUCUCACAUAAUAUAGCUGGACGAGCUGGAGCUAUCGGGGCUCUCAAGAUGCACUCGACGUUUCAACGAUUGAACAACAUCACCUCUCUCGCUACCACAUACCUCAUGGUCCUGCUUUCCCUCAUCUCUAUAGCUUCGUAUCUAGCCCUUCCUCCAGUGAACAUGGGCAAAAUAGACGUCAAAGAUUUGAUCAUUCAAUAUGGUCGUCUACGUCGCUACGCAGCCAAAAACGAAGAACUCGCUUCAAUCCGAUUUGACCUAACCACCGAUCUUACCACUCUCCUGACUUCAUACAACACGAAACAACUCUUUCUCUAUCUCACCGCUUCUUAUGAAACCGACCCUAGUCUCGACGUCCCUCAAGUAAAUCAUGAAGUUGUACUUUGGGACAGGAUCAUCACUCGGGCGGACACACGGGACUUUCGGGCAGUGGGAAAUAAGAUGGUUGGGAAGUCAAAAGGUAAGAAGGGAAGAGGAAAGAUUAGGGUUGAAGAGGGAAAGAAUGUUUAUCCUUGGAGAGAUCCUUCGGGUAGUUUCAAAAACAUCCCCUCUGCCAAUCUCACGCUCCACUACUCUCUCAUGCCUUAUGUUGGCCUCAUCUCGUCGGGCAUAGCGGCCACUGCUCAAGGUCCUAUCGCUCUUCCCGAGCCUCUUGUAAGAUGACAUGCACGAGCUCUUUGUUGGUG